AUGGCACAACAGGGCGUGGCCGUCAACAGCGUAUUCUCGGUGGUGUUCCUGCUGCAUAUCGCGCUGGACAUCCCUAUGGCGAUCCAGGGCCUCUGGUCGCCGCUCAAUCUUCCAUUCCUGCAGCUGAACAACACCGCUAUUGUGUUUAUCAAGUUGUAUGCGGCGCUUGUCGCCGGGACGUGCGUCGCGUCGCUUCUGUGCUUCAGCCUUCCCGAAUUCCUACCGGGCAAACGCGCGCUGGCGAUCGCGCUCUGCGUGUACCACGUCACCUGCUCUACGGUCCUCUUCAACGCCCCGCGGUUCAUUCCCCACUCGUUUGGUGCUCUCGCGGAAAACUAUCGCGCCACCCCGGAAGUCAUGUGGGGCACCCUGCACGGUCUGGUCGGGCUCGGCUUCGCGGUGUGGUGGCAGGCGACCGUGCAAAUCGCCGCGGCGAUGGCAAAGAUCGCAAAGUCACAGUGA